CAUUUCCCGAUUCUGCUCUUCUUCUUUCCGCUGCAGCUCCCGAAAUUCCCCCCAAGCUGUCGGCAACAAGUUUUUGAGGAAAACCGGUAAAAGCUUAGAUUUUUCCCUUCUUUUCUUGUCCAAGAACCUGAUUUAGAACCCAGAAAUCUCCCCCCCUGCAGGAAGCUCCCGGAUCUGCUCUCCUCUUCCUCCCCUGUCCGCCGGCUGCUCUUGCUUGUGGCUGUGAUUUUCGGUCUUUCUUGAAUUUCCCCUGCACAUGCCGUCGGCCUUUUCCCCCUGCAGCUCCGGUUUUAGCUGGAGAAUUAUGGUUCUCGAUCGUUCUGCCAGUUAGCACCGUGAAUUGAGCCUUUGGUUUUAAGCGAGUGAGGUAGUAUGACUCGAGACACGGAAACCACGGGAAGUGAUGAGUUAGAAGGCUAGCCAUUUCGAGAUUGAUAUAGAUUUUAGAAAUAAAUCAUGUUUUUUGUAAGAUAGAUUUUACCUUGUGAUUUUAAGUUUAAGUCAUGUUGGACAUAGAUUAUGGAAUAGAGUUUUGGAUUUGAAUAAGUUCCGAGCCUUGUGCGUUUGUGGGACCCGUCUCACGAGUGCACGGCGUCUGUCGCACCUCGGAUUUGGGUUCUGGGGCGUGACACCAUCAGUGCACAGACCUAACCUAACAUUCCUCAGUUCACUAGCAAACUCAAGGUGAGUGCUAUCAAAAUGCUUCCACGCCUCUCCACAUGCAAGAUGAAAAAUUUUCUCAUUUUCAUUAUAACAAUUUAAAUGCCAGGUCAUAUGCUUGGCAGUUUUCCUAGACAUAUACAAUCUUUGAAGUCUAGGAAUAAUUGGAAGAUACUACAAAGACUUUCUUGGUAUAGGCUUAGCAGAAUGCACAUCACGCUGCUUAAAUCGUGGCUCUUCACAUACUGGACACUGUAAAUAACACUGACUUUCAUAUUCUCUAUAAUACAAAAUGCAAUUGGUC